UAAAGAUAGCGUUCCAUGUGUGUCCCAGCCCCGCCCCAGAGUGCGAUCGGGGGAUCGGGACUCUCCCCAGCUCCCUGGCAGUGGCAGGGGUCGCGGAUCCGCGCUGGAUUAGUGAGGCCUGAGUGCUGCGAGCGCCUGCGCAGUGAGCCGCCCAGUGGAGGCUGCGUGAGGUGGUUCCGUGUGGGCCGGGCGGUGGCCACGGCUGCUACCCCGCGACAGUCUCACUAUGGCGGACGAGGAGUUGGAGGCGCUGAGGAAGCAGAGGCUGGCCGAACUGCAGGCGAAACACGGGGUGAGCUGGCGGUUGCCUCCUUCGCCCAGCCUGGAGGCCCUGGCCCCUGGCGGAGGCUCGCGGUGUCUGCUCCACACGCGAAGGACUUCUCCGCGGCCUCCUGGCCUGAGGAUCCGAACGAUGCAGCACAACAGGAAGCAAAGCACAGGGAAGCAGAAAUGAGAAACAGUAUCUUAGCCCAAGUUCUGGAUCAGUCAGCCCGGGCCAGGUUAAGUAACUUAGCACUUGUAAAGCCUGAAAAAACGAAAGCAGUAGAAAAUUACCUUAUACAGAUGGCAAGAUAUGGACAGCUAAGUGGGAAGGUCUCAGAACAAGGUUUAAUAGAAAUCCUUGAAAAAGUAAGCCAACAAACAGAAAAGAAAACAACAGUUAAAUUUAACAGAAGAAAAGUAAUGGACUCUGACGAAGAUGAUGAUUACUAAACUAAAAAUGGUUAGAGACUGAAACCUAAUGGAAUACUUCUAGGACAAAAGUUAAAAUCUGUUUAAAUGUUUACUUUGUUUUUGUCUAUAUGCCUUUUAAAAAAUAAACUUAUUAUGUAAAGUAAAA